GGUUAAGUUUUAUGAUGGAAAAUCGUUUCCUUUUAAAAGAUAGAACCGCAGGUUAAAAACAUUACGUUUUAUGCUUCAAAAAAAACAUUAGGUUUUAUGUAUUUUUUAUCAUAUUGUUGACGAUAUGAUGGAGCCAUACGCCGAUGCGAGUUGUAUUUUGAGGGUGGACAUUCAUUGUGAUGCAUGCAAGUCGAAGAUGGUUGAUGUCAUGAGUUCCGUUUCUGGUCCAUAUUCAAUUGACAUAGAUGGAGAGGAAAAUGUGUUGAAAAUGUGUGGAGAAGUUGAGCCUAACCGUCUCUUGGCUGCAUUAUCAAGAGGUGGGAAACACACUGAAAUCGUGAAGGCCAAUUUGAAGCACCCUGCUUUGCGUCUUACUAAUAGCACCUCCGCCUACCGUCACAGUGGCUCCGCCCGUGAUCACGGCGCCGCCUACUCCAUGUAUGGCGCCGGCUAUGGCCCGGGCCCCGGAUACGCAGCCGUACAUCAGUCUUAUCAAGCUUUUCCGGUCAGGGGCGGCGGCCGCGCCGCCCUCCCCCACCCUCCUCCGCAUUAUCUUUAUGACUACACCCCCAGAUAUGUUAGGUAAGCUACGUAUUGUUUCUCGUCUACACUUUAAAAUUUUGAUCUAUAUACACAAGUUUUGAUUUGUUUAUAUAUAUAUACAAAAUCUCUAAAAGAGUUAAUACUUGUUUUAUACUCACUCCGUCCCACAAAAUCUUUCUCUUUUUCUUUUUCAUUCGUUCCAAAAAAAUUUUCUCUUUUUCU